CAUUCACUUCCAAUCCCAUCUCCAAAAGCAAGAAAGAAAGAAAACUCAAAAUAAGAAAACUCAUUUCAACAACAAAACUAAUGCAACUUGUACUACAAAAUUAUAAACGCUUUCCCUCUCCAACACCUUCUCACUCUCGUAUAUAUCCUUUCCUUAUUCUCAUACUCACCACAUAGUUCCAGACAAACCCACCAAGAUAUUUUUACCUUUUCUAAUUAUUAUUAUUAUUAUAAAUUAAAUAAUAAUAAUAACACUUACAAUGCCUUCUUCCCUUCAGUUCGAAAGGUUCAAUCCUGUAACCGACGCCGCAACCACCUCUUCCGCUGCAAUCGCCAACGGCGUAAACUGCCCCAAACAGUCUCAAGCUCCACCUCCCUCCGCCGCGCGUCGUCUCCUGCUGCCCUCUCUCCCCGACGCGGUGGCGCGGCACCACGCGCGCGUGGCGGGGCCCGACCAGUGCUGCUCCGUGGUGGUCCAAGCUAUCAGCGCCCCCGUCUCCGCCGUGUGGGCGGUGGUGCGGCGCUUCGACCAUCCGCAAGGCUACAAGAACUUCGUGAAGAGCUGCCACGUCAUCACCGGCGACGGCAUUCGUGUGGGCGCCGUCCGCGAGGUGAGGGUGGUGUCGGGGCUCCCCGCGGAGUCGAGCACAGAGCGUCUGGAGAUCCUGGACGACGAGCGCCACGUCAUGAGCUUCAGCGUGGUCGGCGGCAACCACCGGCUGAGAAAUUACAGGUCGGUGACGACGCUUCACGCUAGCGGGAACGGGACGCUUGUUAUCGAGUCGUAUGUGGUGGACGUACCGCAGGGUAACACUAAGGAGGAAACGUGCGUGUUCGUGGACACCAUUGUACGUUGCAACUUGCAGUCGCUGGCUCAGAUCGCUGAAAAUAGCACCCCAAUCUCUGGAAACCGAAACUGUUGAUCACCGUCAUUCAUUUCCUCUCUCUUUUAUUUUCUUUUUAAUUUAAAACGGGUUGUCUUCCGGUUUUUUGUUUCAUAUUCGGGUUGGAACUUCGAUUCAAGCCCGUAUUUGGAAUUGAUAUGCAUCAUGCAUGGAUGGGUAGAUCAGUAGAGUUUUUCGGACGGCAAUGGCUGAAUCAAUCAGUAUGAUAUGUAUAUGCAUAAUGAUAUAUGUUAAUGUUCAUAUGAACGA